CCACUCAAUUGCAUUUUCAUUCUACACCAAACAGCCAUAUCUCCUUUUUAUGUCAGUUUCAGCUAGAAUGAAAUCCAAUGUUUGUCGGCAUUCUGUAUCUCUCCUCCUUCUCUUUCUCUCAGCGUUCUUCUUUCCUAGAGCCGAAGCUCUAACAAAGCAGAGGGGUUCAAACCUUUCGGUUUCAGCUGUUCUCGUGUUUGGAGACUCAACAGUUGACCCCGGCAACAAUAACUACAUUCAAACUCCUUUUAGAAGCAAUUUUCCACCAUAUGGGAGAGAAUUUGAGAACCAAGAGGCCACCGGGAGGUAUACCGAUGGCCGGCUUGCCACAGAUUUUAUAGUUUCGUAUGUGGGUCUGAAGGAGUACGUGCCUCCAUAUUUGGACCCAACGCUUAGCUUGGAGGAGCUCAUGACAGGAGUCAGUUUCGCCUCCGGCGGCUCUGGAUUUGACCCACUCACCCCAAGAAUAAGUAAUACAAUUGAAAUACCCAAGCAAGUGGAGUACUUUAAAGAGUAUAGAAAACGACUUGAGCUUGCAAUUGGGAAGGAGAGGACUGAUAAUCUGAUCAAGAAGGCCAUCUUUGUCAUUAGCGCUGGGACGAACGAUCUCGUUGUAAAUUACUUCACUUUGCCUGUUCGAAGAAAGAGCUACACAAUCUCAGGUUACCAACAUUUCUUGAUGCAACACGUUGAACAGCUCAUACAGAGUUUAUGGGACCAAGGUGCUCGAAGAAUCGCUUUCGUAGGAAUGCCUCCAAUUGGGUGUUUACCGAUGGUCAUCACGCUUAAUUCAGAUAACGCCUUUCUGCAACGAGGCUGUAUAGAAGAGCUUUCCUUAGUUGCAAAAGACUACAAUUUGAAGCUCCAAAAUAAGUUGAAGGCCAUACAUAAAAACUUGGCACAUCUUGGUGGUAAGAUAUUUUAUGUUGACAUAUAUGGACCCGUGACCAACAUGAUCCGUGGCUACGACAAGUUUGGAUUUGAAGAGGUUGCCAACGGUUGUUGUGGGAGCGGUAUCAUCGAGGUAUCAUUUUUGUGUAAUCCGAAUUCAUAUGUUUGUCCAGAUGCAUCCAAGUACAUAUUUUGGGAUUCGAUACACCCAACCGAGAAGACAUACUACAUUGUAUUCAAGACCCUUCGACACAUUAUUGAUAUGAUAAGCAACUAAUCAAGGACUAAGAUUUGAUUAAUUUAAUGUUUUAUUAAACUUAUUGGAUGAUGGGUUAUAUUGGAGUGCGUCCAAUAAGGGAAGCUAAGAAGUCGUAAAUUAAUUGUUAGUGACUAAGAGGGUAAAUUUGUAUUUCAUUGUUGGCCAACUUACAAAGUUAAGGGAAUGUGUCAAUUCUUGUGAAAUUUGGGUUCUA